GAGGAAGAAUGGAAUGAAUUAAAAAAGGAUUUUAUUUCGAACAUGUUACAAAAUGAUAAUAUGGAUAUAGCUAACGAAAACCCCCCUGGAAACAUUUGUAUUGUCCCACAACCUGAUACUGUGGAUAAUACUGUGCGAGAAAAGCCUUUUAUUACAAAAAUCCAAGAUAGGAAAUUAUAUGGUGAUAACGAGAUUACAUAUAAUAUUGAAUGGAAUGUUCCGGAAAAUACACAGAUAUAUACUGCGGAUGAUCCGAAAUACAAUAGUUUAUAUAGCGGUAUUGAUUUAAUCAAUGAUUCGUUAAACAAUGAUCAACAUGUAGAUAUAUAUGACGAGUUGCUCAAACGAAAAGAAAAUGAAUUAUUUGGAACAAAAUAUCCAAAAAAACGAUACACGUUUUAA